AUGCACUGGGAAGAUGGGCACUGGGAGCCCAGGGAUGAAGAAGAAAGCAAGCACGUGACCUUCCGUUUGCAGUUCACCCUCGGGUUGCCCCUACCCCAGCGCUCCUCCCCGCACUCCAAGGCAGCAAAUUCCGUGGUUCGCCAGCCUACAGCCUCUCGACCGCGCCAGGCGUUCGCCCGGAUCUUGCUUCCUCCGAGGCGCGAGGAGCCUAGAGAGGCGCCGCCGCUGAUUCCUCCCUCUGGGCUGGAGCAGACAACUGCCUCUCCGCGCCUCAACAGCGCCCUGUUCGAGCCGUCCCCCGGCCGGAGCCCGCGACUCAGCCACUACGCCCCCACCCCGGGGCACACAGCCCCCAGACUUAACCCGACUCCCCAGACCUCGCCUUCCCCAGGGUCCCUAGGCCCCGCCCAGGGGCUGGGUCGGCGUCCGCAGACGGAGAAAGUUCCCCAGCACCCACCUUUAGCCGCGAGGAGGCGGCGCCGCCCGCUGUCCCCGCCGCCGCUGCCGCUCCCCACGCCCAGCGCCAGCAGGAGCGGCACCCAGCACAGCCUCCCGGUCAGCAUCCUCGCCGCCGCCGCCUCUGAACUGCCGCCGCCGCCUAUUGCCCGCACCGGCUCUCCCCUCCCGGUGCGCGCCGGGCCGCCGGCCGCCUAG